GAUCCGUCGAACACAUUGUUGCGUAAAGCACUAUGCCGCCGCCUUGCCUUGCCUAUUUAGUGUCAACGGCUUGGUUGUUUUCUGGUUGGAACGUCUUUUCUCUCCCUGUCCUUGUCACCCUGCCCCCCAUCCACCUCCAGCCAACUCACAUUCUGCCCAAAUGUACGAAUUCGUACCACAGCAGCGCUGGCAGGGACCAGGACUCUCACUAACUUAUGACGAAGAGCCUGACUACGACUACGAUGUGUACCUCUUCUGGCAUUCUUCACCAACGCCGUAUAUCGUAUCUGCCGAUGAUGUUGAGGAGCUGGACGCACUUGAGAUUCCGGUUGCAUUUGAUUGGCAGUUUCCUGAACCCGCUUCUCCCGUGUCGCCAGUCCGUGCAGUCUCUGUUGUCCUUGCCUCCUAUCGAGUUAACAGUCAACCUCUUGAAUUCCCGCAGCCAUUGUCACCAUCUUACAGCACAACCACUGAUUUCGCUUUCCCAGAGUACUCGGCCUGGCAAUGCGGGUUUGCAGGAUAUAGUCGGAUCUUCCGCUCUGGUUUCUUGUGUACGUCACAACGAAUCAGUCAACGCUUUGAUGGAGUGUGGCGCACAGUUAGAAAACGAAUUCAAGUCAUAAGCUUGAAUUUGAAGCGAAAGUUCAGUCGUUGAUCAUUGAUCAUUGACGGCUUGUUGGGUUCGCAGCUCUCACGCGAAUGGAAACUGGGCCUAUUGACCUUGAGCUUGCUCCUUGCUCUUGAAUAUUUGACUUUCCUUGGACGUUGCUCUUGCAUUCACACCCAUAAUCUUGAGAAUUGUACCAUAGUUCAUAUAGUCGCAUUUCGCUGUUGUAAUAUUUCGCUUCGGUUGGUCUUGCAUCUUGAAUACUUCUUGCUCUCGCUCUUGUGUCUUGAUCUUGAUUUUGGUUGUACACAGUCUUCACACGUAUCGCACAUAAGAAUAUCUAAUGUCAUUGUGCUGUCGUGAUAAGAAUUCACGACGAAAACGUGUUA